AAAUUAGUUAAAGGAAGUUACAUAAUUAGCCUCUGCCAAACAGCUAACCGUGCUGCAUUCCACGUAGUUGUUGUUCGAAGGCUUUGAUUUCUAUUUUAUAGUUUUGUACCACUUUCUCGAUCUCCACCACGUAGUUGUACGUUUCAGAUUGAUUCAAGAUUUUAGAAAGCCAUACUCUUUAGCGGUUGGGAUUGCUUUUCUGGAGAAGUCUUGGAUGCGCAUCUGAAUUUAAUAUGUAUUUUGUACUGGGUUGUGAUUAAUGAGGUCAUAGUUUGAAUUCUCGAGGCUCUCUUGGAUCGACAAUGGUAAAGUUUUGGAUUUUUUAUUAAUUCCAUGCUUCGUGGUAUUUCAAUGAUUCAAUUUCUGUUUGCUGACAUUGCUGAUGAUUGCAGCUAAAUUUGGUAUGGUAGUGAUUGGUCGGUAAACGGCGAGUCUAUUGAUUUGUUUCCUAUGUCAAUGAGCUUGCCGAUGAAUUGGGUGCCCGACAAGGGAUUUUUAAUGGUAAUCUUGGCUUCAGUUUUUGAAGCUAUUUAGGUCAAAUGUGGGUAUGAGUAGUUAUAAUAGAAGUGUUUCCUUUAAACAGAGGGCUGCUAGCAGCCCCAGAUUUAGUAGGAAGACUUGGGUUUCGAACCUGUUUUGUGCACUAAUUGUGGUUGGAUCUAUUGUUUCCUUUUUCUUUGUCAUCGGUUGUGGGUACUUAUAUGUCCUACCGAAUCUUACACAUUCGUUCCAUGACCGCGAGGAUAGAUUUUCCAACUUCAGUGUUUCAGACGAUACAUGUGAUGUAUUUGAUGGAAAUUGGGUAUUGGAUGAUAGUUACCCCUUGUACAAUGCUUCGGAAUGCCCUUUUGUAGAGCAAGGAUUCAACUGCCUGGACAAUGGCCGAACAGAUAACGAUUAUAUAAAAUGGAGGUGGAAGCCAAAGAAUUGUGUUAUUCCAAGAGUUAACGUGCAGCGUGUUUUGGAAAUGCUCCGAAAUAAAAGAGUUGUUUUUGUUGGUGAUUCGAUGAGUAGAACACAAUGGGAAUCUUUAAUAUGUUUGCUAAUGACUGGGCUGGAAGAUAAGAGUACUGUGUAUGAAGUCAACGGGAACAAGAUCACCAAACAAAUUAGAUUUUUAGGGGUAAGGUUCAGUUCCUUUAAUUUCACUAUCGAAUUCUACCGAUCAGUUUUCCUUGUGCAACACUACUGGGCACCUAAACAUGGACCAAGGAGAGUUAGAUCAACGCUUAAGUUGGACAAAUUGGAUGAUAUCAGUAAGGAGUGGAUUGAUUCAGAUGUUCUUAUUUUCAAUUCUGGUCAAUGGUGGGUUCCAGGGAAGCUUUUUGGAAUGGGAUGCUAUUUUCAAGUUGGUAAUUCUCUGAAGCUUGGAAUGCAAAUUACCUCUGCCUUCAGAACAGCAAUAAACACUUGGGCAUCAUGGGUUGACAGGAAGAUAAAUCCAAAAAGAACGCGGGUCUUCUUCCGAACUUUUGAGCCUUCUCACUGGAGGAAUCUAACUCUGCGGCAAUGCAAUGUCACAAAGUUUCCUCUUUUAGAGGCCAGAGGGAAAGACGGUAGUCAAUUUUCAGACACAGUAUUCGAGGUGGUAAACAAUAUGUCAGUUCCUGUUACGGUUUUGCAUAUAACUCCGAUGUCAGCAUUUCGAAGUGAUGCUCAUGUGGGUACUUGGAGUGACAAGUCAUCUUUAUCUGAUUGUAGCCACUGGUGUUUACCUGGAGUACCUGAUAUAUGGAAUGAAUUAGUCAUUUCAUACCUACUUGGUAGCAACGAACCUGAAACUAUGAGUGCAAGCUCAGGAUUCAAUAAUCUAUGAGCUCAUGCUCACAAUCCAGCCAAGGUAUCAUCCAGUUAAAGAUCAAUGAAUUGUGCAGUUGUUAAAAUAGCAGAAAACUUUGUUCAAUUAUUUUUCGAUUUUUUUGUCAAAGAAAAGGAGAAAUGUAUCAACUGUUUUGUUGUCAACUGAUCAGAAUUUUUAUUAUACUGUUGUAAUACUAACUUCUCCAGAAAAUGUUUAGGAAUGUGAAAGCCAUAUAAUAUUGUUAUUUCCUUGUA